UCCUCAGGAGCCCCGGGCCCCCCAGGCCCCCCCGCGGCAGCGCCUGCAGCAGCCCGUCCGCCGCCGCCGCGCCGCUCCGCCGCAGGGACAGGGUAUCUAUGUCCUUCUCGGUGGCCAACCCGGGGUCGUCGUAUGCCGCAGCGAGCGCAGCCCAGGGCGCCUGGACACCUGACCAGGACUCCGUCGUCUCGGGCUUCACCGACGCCAGCAUCUACGCGUCGCUCCAGCGCCACCCGCAGGCCGGGCCCUUCCCACACCCGCAGCACUUCCUCCGCCGCCUCACCUCAGGCGCAAGGCGUCCUUCGUGUCUCUCCGGAGCGCCAAUGCUCGGCCUCUGCACAAGAGAGGAAGGCGUGUCAGCGAGAUGACGGCCGGAGUAGGCGGCGACGGGGGGAUGGGGGGAGAGGUGAUUGAGGUGCAGAUCCUCCCUCAGGACGACAACUGGGGAGACAACACCACCGCCAUCACGGGGAACACCUCCGUGCGCUCAGAGUCCUUCCAGGAUGUCACAAUAAUCGGGAGAGACCAGGAGACAGGUGUGACCUUCACGUGCCAGCGAUACAUUGGUUCGGCUUUGUGUGCCCUCGUGGCCUUCCUGGCUUUCCUCAGCCCCAUAGCUAUGGUGCUGAUCCCUCGCCUGAACAUCAUUAAGCUGAAGAAUGACCCGCCUCUGUGCGACACCGAGUGCGACGGCCUCCUCAUCAGCUUCUCGUUCAAGCUCCUCAUUCUCCUGCUGGGGUCGUGGGCGCUCUUCUUCAGGCAACCCAAGGCCACCAUGCCCCGAAUCUUCAUCUUCCGAGCUCUGGUGACGAUGCUCAUCCUGGUGUUCACGUUCUCCUUCUGGCUGUUCUACGUCGUGCGCAUCAUCGAGAACACGGAGAAGGUGCAAUAUCGGUCAAUCGUCUACUUCGCUGUGAGUCUGGUCGACGCCUUGUUGUUUAUCCAUUACCUGGCUGUGAUUCUGCUGGAACUGCGACACCUGACGCCCCAGUACAGCGUCAAGGUUCUCAGGUCACCCGACGGGGAAAGCAGGUGGUACAACAUCGGCCAGCUGAGCGUCCAGCGCGCAGCUGCCUGGGUCUUGGAGAAGUACUACCAGGACUUCACCAUCUACAACCCCUACUUGGACCGCCUGCCCUCCAAGAAGAAGCACUCGACCAACUCCUCCUUCAAGUAUUACGAUGUGGAUGGCAAUGAGGAAAAUGCAGAGGGCCAUACACGAGCUGUAUUAACUGCGAGUGCUCGACGACGCGAUUCCGCUCACAAUGAAAGGUUCUAUGAGGAACACGAAUACGAAAGAAGAGUGCGUAAGCGAAAGGCUCGGCUCAUAACAGCGGCCGAAGAGGCUUUCACACACAUUAAGCGAAUGCAUGAAGAGCAGGGUCCAAGUGCUCCAAUGGAUCCUCAUGAAGCAGCCCAGUCCAUAUUCCCCUCUUUAGCACGAGCUUUGCAGAAGUAUCUGCGCAUCACAAGGCAGCAGCCAAGACACACUAUGGAGUCAAUCCUGAACCACUUGGCCAUCUGUCUUGCACAUGAUAUGAGUCCCCGGGCUUUCUUAGAAAAGUACCUCUUGUCAUCGCCUGUGUUACAGAAUGAUAAAGAACACCGAGGAGUCCAGUCAUGGGGUCUUGUGUGUGACCAGCUUCUCUCUCGAGCAAUUGAUGAAGGCACCAUUUUCCAGCUACGCCAAGCAGAUGUGUGUCUCCUGUGCAGUGUCCAUGCUAUUCCACACUUUUCUAUAGCUGAGGAAAUCAUUCACCCAAAAAGCAACAAAUUUGUUCUCAGGCUGAACUCAGAAACCAGUGUAUAAUUCUAUCAUUUUUGUGAUAAAACAGACCUAUGGAAUUUUUGGACAAAUUAAAGUGUUAAGUGCGAUAAAGAACGCUACAUUUACUGGUUCCACUGACAUUCAAGUGAUACCCAUGUGUGUGUCAAUGUGUUCCCUCUGCUUACCAUGCCAAAGUUAAUAGACAACUCCCAGUUAACUGCGUGAAUCAACUCUCAAAUUAUAUCACGUUCCUGAUGAUACUCUUACCUGGAAUGGAAUAAGAUGAUAUUGUUGUCUUCAUAUUCAUUACGUGUUUGCAGUAAAAAGAUAAAUGUCAUGUUCACAAAAGUUAUGCUUAAAAGUGAGAACCUAAAAGUGUAUUAGAGAUGUAGAGAGAAUGGACAUCUCUUAUUAUCCCUUUGGAAACAUGAGGACAGUACGUACCCAUACACCCAAAAGCUUUGUAAAUGGUUGUUGUCUGAUCAAGAGAAUCAGAAGUAGAAAAACUGCACAAGAAGUACACCUCAUCCCACCUGAAGCUUCCGUUGUGCUGGCCCUUGUUUGUUGUUGCCUUACGAUCUAAGCUAUAAAAUUUGUCUUAGUUUCUUUCUUUGUGUUCUGUGUACCUUUCCUUAUGAUCAGGGGACAAAGACCCAGUGCACAGUCAAGGAACAGGUUGUAUGUAUUACUUUCCUAAGCUCAAAUAUUGUGUAUACCUUUAUUAUACCCAAGAACAGAAAGUUCACCACUUUCUAGUCGUCUGUUAUACUUGUAGAUCUGUGUGAAUGGAUUUUUGUAAAGGAGCAUGCUACGAGGGAUGUAAAAUUGAAGUGUAAUUAUAUUGAAUAACUAAGUGUAGUUUAAAAUAACAUUCUCAAGAGCAUCAUUUCAUGGUAAAUAAUUCAUUCAUUGCUGCAAAUUGUGCAUGCUGUACCUCAGAUGCUACAGUGCCAUGCUGAGAGAAGCAGAAUUGUGAUGUCUCUGCCCUCAUAAUUUUUCAUGUAAGAGUAACAUAAAAAGGAAGAAAAAAACUUGGUGUGCAAUUUGUCAGUUAUUAGAUUUUUUAAUAUUUUUAUUCAGUUCCAUCUAGGUAUAUAUGAGAAACUGGAAAGCAAAACAAAGCACUGUUUGGAUGAAGUCCAUCAGAAUGUUCAAGAAUGAAGUAUAAUUUGAUUAUGUCGUUUCCAUCGUUUAGUGACUGCCUAGUUUCUCAAAGCCAAUAUUGUGUUCUGGGCAUAGUUAAAUAUUCAGGCUAUUAGUGUCAUGUGUUUUACAUGUUGUUUGUUAUCCCUAUGCUUCUCUUAGCAAGAGUUGUAAACCAGUACAAGCCCCUGCGAUGGCAUGUGAAAUUCAGUUCCAUCUGGUGCGUUUAUGUUUUACGUAGAGCCAAAGGUUUCAAUUUAC